AUGGAGAUUAGCCACAUUGUUUUUCUGGAUAAUGGGGAUACAAGCAAAGUUAACCAACAGGUGGUGUGUGGUAAGUAUCUUGUAUUCAACUCUCCUUGGGAUGAUUCUCAAGCAGACACUAAAAUAAAAAGAGAUGGAAGAACAUUGGACAUAGAGUCUAAAGAGAUAAUCCUCAAGGUUGCCAGUGGAAAAAUUGUUUACUUGGAGACUGUUUAUCCUGUAAGUACCGGUGUUGAGUUUGUGGAGCUUAUAUCCCCACCCAAUCCAUAUGAUUUCUUUCUCCUGAGAAAGCACUUUCUUUCCAAGCUAACAGGAGUAUGUCCCAGACCAAUGGAGAAGGAAGUAACAUAUCCAAAGAAGAGGAGAAUAGGAUGUUUUAUCAUGCCGGUAAUUCUGUGUAUACUAAGAAAGCCUUUGGAGUAUUUCCUUGUCAAUAUUCCUAGUCGCAUCGUCGACUAUAUAAUGAACUCCUCAGUCGAGGAAAAGCAAAUCAUAACGAUAAAGACAACCUUGGGCGCCUAUGUAAAAUUCUUCACCACCAUCCAGAGUCUAUUUUUGAGGUUGGGGUUUCCAGUAGUAUUUAUUGAUGGAAUUUAUAUGAUUCCAACAGCAGCUUGUUUAUCAAUAUUUUCUCGCCUAGGUCUCUUCUUAGCAAAGCUGCUGGUAGAGUCCAUUCAUCUACUAAACAACAGUAGCUACAAUCCCUUAAAAAAGCGGAGAGACUCAGUUGUCCUUAACACAGACCAAAUAUUCAUGUCUGUACUGAUUUUCUCAUUUCUUCUUUUGAUCACAUUCAAUGUUGUGCAUUUCUAUGUUCUUUAUAUCUUUAUGAACCUAUGUCUAAUAGCCUUGACAACUUUUAGCGAUUUUAUAGAUUUCGUGCUAAUAGACAUCUCGAAAUUCCAUACAUACACUCUUUCAACAGAUCACACCAAACACCGCCAAAUCAAGCUCAAAUACACCAAGGUCUCUAUCUACCACAAAAUCAAAUUUGCAAUUCAAGCAAGUCUUCUCUCUUCAAAGACGCUCAAAGACACUGUUCUAGCUAAAUAUCUGCUUGAAAUAAAGUAG